AUGGGAUGGAAGCGGAGGGAAGGAUGGAAGCGCGGGGACCCCCCGGCUGGGACACCCGGUGGGACACCCGGUGGGACACCCGUGUUGUUCAUUUACUUCACAUGUAUAUCUACUGUCCAGACUACUGACUGUCUGCACUUGAGGGAACAAUGUAUUAAUGCUGGAAAAGGAUGUGAGAGUGUCUGGAAUGUGGUUGAAGAUGCCUGCAAUAUUUCAGGUAAUAGAUGCAAGGCAGAAGACACUGUUGGAUGUAAUAGGAUAAUCCAGGUCCUGGCUGAUGAAUACCCAGAAUUUAAAAGCUGUGUCUGCACUACAGACAACAUCUGUAGCAUCACAACUUUGCUUGGGAAACAGUGCGGCAUUAAUAAAGAGGACUCGGAGUCCCUCUCGAGCUCGGAGGCUGAGCUGGGUGCUGGGCAGCGCAGAGACCCCGGGGACCCGAGGCGCGCGGAGGGGCCGGAGCGCGACUGCGGCGAGGCCCGGCGGCGCUGCCGGGAGCGGCCGCGCUGCUCGGGAAUGUUUAGCAGCCCGUGUGUGCAGCACUCGCAGGAGAGCCAAGCCUCCGGAGCUGGUGACAGUGAUGGCAGUGAUGGUGACUACGAUGCUGGUGUUGACGGUGAGAAAAAUCUGGUCACUGACACAGACAAUAUUAGUAUGGAAACAAAAUUGCAAUGGGGUUUAUCUGCUCUCUCCAAACAAGUGUACACAACAAACAGAAGCUGUCUGGAUGUGAACAGGGAGUGUGUUGAAGAUGAAGUGUGUAACAAACAGCUGUCCCUGUACCUUAAAGUUUGCUCAGUAAACAAGUGCAAUGUGGAAGGAUGUCAAGCAGCCAUAAGGUUCUUCUACCGAAACAUGCCUUUUGAAGUUGCCCAAAUGAUGAUAUUUUGUGACUGUGUCCAGCAUGAUGAAUCCUGCCACAGAGCCAAAGACCUUCUCCAUGGCAAGCCCUGUGCAGUUACUGCAGUUCCACCCCCAUCGUGCCUGAAUGUGAUCCACAUGUGUGAAGAGAAUCAGUUGUGCCGGAGAAAAUACACAACUUUUCGGUCAAAGUGUUGGAGACAUGUGACAAAAAAAUGCUACAGUGAUGAAGCUUGUCUUGAAACUUUAAUCAAGGGUGACAUGCCCUGUUCUGCCAACGCUGAUUGCAAAGCAGCCUACAUCAGCAGCUGGGGCACGAUGCUGCACAUGGAGUGCACCUGCCAGAAUGUGCCUCCUGUGGAGCAGCCUUUGUGUGAGCUCUUCCAUCACAUGCUGCACAGCAAAUCCUGCUUCAGUGACUUACGUCAAAUUUCUAUUCAGAAGAAAGGUUUUCACUGGGUAAAUACAGAAAGGCCAGGGGAAAAGAUUUCCGGAGCACAGCUCCAUUCUUCUGCAGUUAAUGGUGAAAAUGUCUACAUUAUUGCUUACUCCUCCUGCAUAGCUCUCAUCCUAGGAAUAGUCCUGUUGACUCUCCUAAAGAUCAGAGCCUGCAGAACAAAAUAUGAGUCAAGAAGUCCCUCGCCAGACCAUUCUUCUGAAACAUUUAUGGCCCAUUAUAAAAGUCACAGAUGA